UUCAAGAAAGUUAGGGAUGAAGCAGAAGAAGAAGCCUAUGAAGGUUUAAGACCUUUCGUAUAUAAUGAUGGCAGGCUUGUGAGGCGUAGCAUGCGCCGUAAUAAAGCUAUUCAGUAUGAUCAUACCACUUCUACACAAAUACAGAUGGACCUUGAUGAACGUACCACUUCAGUUAGAACACAACCUACCAUUAAUACCAACGUUUCAGGACGUAUUACUUCCACUAACAGAACCGAAAAUAAAAAUUGCCUUCCUGUAAAUUCGGCAUCAAUCUCGGUGAGACAACGAAAGUUUUUGGAGCCAAUGAGUUUCAAAGCAUUGUUCUCAACAACUCGAGUACGCCCUAACGCAUCAUUUACAGCGAUUAAUUCUUCUAGUGGCAAUUCUGGUAGAUUAUUCCAAGAUAUUGGUACUGGCAAUCAAGAAUCAAGAGCUAAUGUCCCUCAAGAAAUUUGUAAUAAUAAUUAUCAAUCAUUGAGGACAAAUACAUCAAAUACAGUUACGCAAGACGAGCGAAAUGAUAAUUCUCCAUCCGGAUCAACAUUACAACGCCCUAACAGAGAUUCUGGAAUGUUAAUGCACACUACUAUAACAAAUUCUAGAGCAAACCAAGAAAUUAAUUCAACUGGGCUAUCAAUUCAAUCUAAUGUAGCAAGUGAACAGUCAUCGCGAACGGCGUCAACUGUUGUCCCUCACUAGAAAUACUUCAAAUUACAAUUCGCAUUCGAUUAUUAAUCGACGUGAAUCUGAGCCAGUAUACGCUACUAGGACUAUAGAACGAGUUCCAAAUGUAUCACCGAUGUCUGUUAGUCGAAGAUCCUCAGUGUCUAAUCAAACCAGCAAUACCGGAUUUAGCAGACAGCAUUUAGAUUCUUUGAACCAAAAAGGAUUACCAGAUAUUGGUGAGAUGUCAGGACUUGUUGCAUCACGACCGUGGACGGGUGUGGAGUUAACAGCCAACCCAAAUAUUCAA